GUGCCGCAUCUCUAUCUUCUAUCCCUAUAUAAAGGACGUUAGAGGAAAAAAUAAAACUUGUGUUGCAUCUCACACAACACACGCACGUACCUACCUACCAUACUCAAAUUCAGGUCCGCUAUGCCGACUCAAUUAACAACUGCGCAAUAAGACACACACAGAGAUCGAGAGAGAGAGAGAGAGAGAGAGAGAGAGAAACUAAAGAAGAAUAAGAAUGGUUUCAAUGUUCAUGUGCACUAGUAUUAAUGGUGAAGAGAAUCAAGAGAUAGAAUUUUCAAGGGAUGGCAGUCACUACAGCCUCUCCAAUGCGGUCUUGCCUUCUCUUGGUGCCAGAAGUCACCGCAGAGUCAAGCUUCGACGCUUCACUGUUUCUCCUUAUGACCGUCGUUACAGGAUAUGGCAGACUUUCCUGGUCAUCCUUGUUAUCUACACAGCUUGGGUAUCACCAUUUGAAUUUGGUUUCCUUAAGAAACCAGAAGCACCCCUUUCCUAUACAGAUAAUGUUGUCAAUGCACUCUUUGCUAUGGAUAUAAUUCUCACCUUCUUUGUAGCUUAUAUUGACAAAGCUACUUAUUUACUAAUUGAUGAUCGAAAACAAAUUGCUUGGAAAUACACAAGAACUUGGCUUGCAUUUGAUUUGAUUUCUAUCAUUCCUUCAGAGCUUGUUAGAAAGCUGUCACCUGCACCUCUGCAGACUUAUGGCCUAUUCAACAUGCUCCGUCUAUGGCGUCUUCGAAGAGUUAGUGCAUUGUUUUCAAGGUUGGAAAAGGACAAAAGCUAUAACUAUUUUUGGGUUCGAUGUGCCAAACUUAUCUGUGUUACCCUAUUUGCUGUACAUUGUGCUGCAUGCUUUUAUUAUCUUAUCGCGGCUCGUUAUCGUGAUCCCAAAAGGACAUGGAUUGGAGCAACAAUGGGAAAUUUUCUUCAGAAGAGCUUGUGGACAAGAUAUGUUACAUCUAUUUAUUGGUCAAUUACUACCUUAACAACUGUUGGCUAUGGAGAUCUGCAUCCAGUUAAUUCAAGAGAGAUGGUCUUUGACAUCUUUUACAUGCUUUUUAAUUUGGGACUUACUGCAUAUUUGAUUGGUAACAUGACUAACUUAGUUGUCCAUGGAACAAGCCGAACCCGAAAAUUUAGAGACACCAUACAAGCUGCCUCAAGUUUUGCUCAAAGGAAUCAAUUACCUAUUCGUUUGCAAGACCAGAUGCUUGCUCAUUUGUGUUUGAAGUUUAGAACAGACUCCGAAGGGUUACAACAACAAGAGACAAUUGAUUCCCUUCCUAAAGCCAUCAGAUCAAGCAUUUCACAUUAUCUCUUCUAUUCUCUGGUGGAUAAAGUCUAUUUAUUUCGAGGCGUUUCAAAUGAUUUACUCUUUCAAUUGGUUUCAGAGAUGAAAGCAGAGUAUUUUCCUCCUAAAGAAGAUGUAAUCUUACAGAAUGAAGCUCCAACUGAUUUCUACAUACUAGUCACUGGUGCUGUGGAAUUGGUAGUUCUUAAAAAUGGCGUUGAGCAGGUUGUUGGAGAGGCAAAUACAGGUGAUCUUUUUGGUGAGAUUGGUGUGCUUUGCUAUAAGCCACAGCUCUUUACGGUUCGGACAAAGCGAUUAAGCCAGCUUUUGAGACUAAACCGUACUGCUUUUCUAAAUAUUGUCAAGGCUAACGUAGGAGAUGGAAAUAUUAUUAUGAACAAUCUUCUUCAGCACUUAAAAGAACUAAAUGACCCUAUCAUGGAGGGAGUUUUGGUGGAGACUGAGAAUAUGUUAGCUCGUGGUAGAAUGGACCUACCAGUUGGUCUUUGUUUUGCAGCAGCAAGAGGAGAUGACUUGUUGUUACAUCAUUUGUUAAAACGAGGAUUGGAUUCAAACGAAUCAGAUAGAAAUGGAAGAACAGCUUUGCAUAUUGCAGCAUCUAAAGGAAGUGAGAAUUGUGUCAUGCUUUUACUGGAUUAUGGAGCGGAUCCCAAUAUUAGAGACUCUGAUGGCAGCGUAUCACUAUGGGAAGCCAUAUUGGGUGGACAUGAAUCAGUAAGCCAGCUACUAUUGGAAAAUGGUGCUAACUUGAAAAGUGGUGAUGUUGGUCAAUUUGCAUGCAUCGCUGCUGAACAAAACACCCUCAACUUGCUCAAGGAUAUAGUGCGCUAUGGUGGAGAUGUCACGCUCCCUAGCACCACCUCCGGAACCACAGCUCUACAUGUUGCAGUCUCUGAAGACAACGUAGAAGUUGUGAAGUUCUUGUUGGAUCUUGGUGCCGACAUUGAUAAACCAGAUAAGAACGGUUGGACACCAAGAGAUCUAGCAGUCCAGCAAGGGCAUCAAGACAUCAUAGCCAUUUUUGAGUCUAUUAAGGAGCCUAAGAAUUGUCAACCUUUGGACCGUAUUCCUGAGAAGGAAGGUAAGAUAAAGAAGUUCCUUGGAAGAUUUACAAGUGAACCAGCAAUUCCUCUACCCCAAGAGAGCACAUUUAGGGGUUCGGAUGGGUUUAGGAGUUCGGACAGGUCUUGGAGCCAAAGCCGCCCAAGGCGGAGAAGCAGCAAUAACUUCCACAACUCUUUGUUUGGGAUAAUAUCAGCAGCAAACAAAGGGGAAAAGGACACGCUCUUUUAUGUGAAUGAAAAUGGUAAUGCAAAGAAUGGUAUGAAGAGUAGAGAAUGGCCAACCAGAGUGGUGGUUAGUUUCCCUGAAAAGGGUGAGGCUGGUGGGAAACUUGUGUUGCUACCUGGAAGCUUUCAGGAGUUACUUGAUAUUGGGGCUGAGAAGUUUGGUGUGCGUCCUGCUAAGGUUCUAUGCAAAGAUGGGUUUGAAAUUGAAGAUAUAGAGGUUAUUAGGGAUGGGGAUCAUCUUGUUUUUGAGAGUGCUGCUCAAAACUCUGACUAUCCUACACCCACAAUCGGUGUGCAACCGUAGCAUGGUUAUUUUCUCUUAUUUUUUUCAUUUUUCUCCCCUACUCUUAAACCAGUAGUAUCAACCUAUAUAUUGUAAAUCUCUCUUGUUACAGUUAAAAUACAAAAAGAAAUUUUACGAUUUUA